AUGUCUUUGAGAUAUAAUCCCAAAAAGCCAUCAAUCUUGAAAAAAGAUCUACCCAAGAAGACAAGAACUCCAAAAGAAGUUGAGAAACUGCAGCCAAUCUCACAAAACAAUAUCAGAUUAGAUGACGAUAUUGAUCCAAAAACACUAUUAGAUGCUAUAGAUAAGGUAUUAUCAAGACAAUGGAAUCUGGUACCGUCUCAAUUGAAUCCUGAUUUCCAAGCUCAUAUUCAAAAGUAUAGAGAUUUCUUACCCAAAUUAGUUUCAAGAUAUCAAUUAUAUUCUAUUUUCCCUAAUAAUCAAACAUUUAUUGAUCAAGAAAUUGAUCAACUUUUUGAAGAUCAAAGGAUAAAAAGAAUUCUGUUGCAGGACAAUGAUGACCUUAAUGACCUUAUAAUGAAAAAUGAAGAUUAUAGAGCCGUGUUAAAUGAACAUUCAAAGAAAUCAAAUGACAUUAACGUUCAAACUUCAAUUGAAAAUUUUAUUAAUUACCUAGAUGAAAACCCCAAAUCUUUGAAAAUACCCAAAGAUCUAAUCAUAAAAACGCUGGGAGAUGAAUCAGUAUCUAUUUUAAUCAAACUAGGCUUCCUUCAAAUCAUUCCACAAAGCACCACAAAGACUCUUUUGAAAAUUUCUAUACCGAAAUAUGGAUAUAUUAUUAAUCUAUAUCAAACUUCCAGGAAAUUCAUAGUGAAAACUAUAAACACAAAUAAAUGGAGAGAGAUUAAACAUAAUGAUCUUUAUGAAAAAUGGGAAAAGAAUAAACUCAAGUUUAAAGAUUUCAAAGGAUUGAAUUUGAAUUGGAUAUUACAUUGGUUAAUUGGUGAAGGAACACUUGAAGUCUUUGAAAUAGGAGAUGGAAAAGCGUAUAGAAUAAUUUCCAAGUGA